AUGGCUACAAACAAUAAUGCUGCUGCUGAGAGGGUAAGGUACAAAGAGUGUAGGCGCAACCACGCAGCCCACCUCGGUCGCCACGCCAUUGAUGGAUGCAGCGAGUUCUCGAAGAGUGGGAACGACGGAACACCAGAAGCUUUGCUUUGCGCCGCCUGUGGGUGUCAUCGGAAUUUUCAUCGCAAGGAGGAGCAGCCACUCUCCCGCCGUCAAGAAUUAAGGCUCUACCUCUUUCGUCACCUUUCUGCAGCCGCUGCCGCCGGCCCUCCACCGCCACCACGACCACCACCACCUGGUGCGUUAGAUCAUGCAAGACCAAACGAUGUAAGAUCUCAAAGGUUCGGCGAAGGGGAAAUUGAGGAUGGGACUGAAACUUGA